AGCCACAAAAUAUUACGGUUCACAAAAUGGACGAAUAAACAAGGAAGUAAAAGUAACUUGGUCGAGUUUUUACUUCCUACUUGCUCGAAACUUCAGAAUGAGUGACUAUUAUGAUGACGAUGAGCAUGGUGAUUCCAUAUACGCAAAUGACUUGACAUCAGAGCUGCUAAAUGUUCAGGAGUUAUUGAAAUCAAAAUCACUUGAAGAGCUUCUCAAGGAAGAUCGUGAUAACAUAAAAGAGAAGGAAAAAGAGAAACAGUGGUAUCAUGGACGAAUAGCCCGAGACGUUGCAGAGGAAAUUUUGAAAAAAGGACUUUUAAAACAUGGACAUCUUGAUGGUUUGUUUUUGGUGCGAGAAAGCUCCUUCUCUUCCUCAAGUUUUGUGCUGUCUUUAUAUAGUAAAGGCAUUUUCUUCCACUUCCAAAUUAAUGAGGUCAAAUCAGCGCACUUCAGCAUUGAUCAAGGUCCCACAGUUCAUGGACUUGAUAGGUUGAUACAAAAUUAUCAAGAACAAGCACAAGGGCUACCAACACAUUUGACACAGUUCUGUAAAUGUAAGCCUCCGCCAGACGAACAGAGAUACAGUGGCUUUACCAACCUUCUACACAGGGCGGUUCUAGAAAAUAUUCCGGACGUAGUGAAGCAAAUUUUAGAUAGCAAAUACUGUCCAUCAGUGAAUGCCAAAUCUGAAUGGGGUAUGACUGCGUUACAUGAUGCUUGUUACUAUGGUUUUGAAGAUAUAGCUGAUUUACUUAUACGACAUGGGGCCAAUGUUAAUUGCUUUGAUAAAGAUGGUCAAACGCCUCUACAUAGAUGUUGCACAGGUAACAAGGCUGGUAUUAUAUCUAUACUGAUACAAGAAGGAAAUGCCAAUGUGAAUGAGAGGAACCCAAAGAGUGGUUGGAUACCAAUACAUCAGGCUGCCUUCAAAGGAUACCUAGACUGUAUCAAGAUAUUACUAGAUUACCAUUCUCCAUACCUGCCUCGAGCAGAUGACGAUACCACGCCACUCGAUCUUGCUGAAAACUACGAACACUCCGACUGUGUAACAGAAAUAGAUCAAUUUGAACAACCAAAAGUGAUCACCCACAAGUAUGAUUGGUUUCAUCCUGAGAUAGAUAGACCGGGAGCCCAAAAGUUGUUAGAGUUAAAAGGUCUGAGAGAAGGGCUGUUUCUUGUAAGAGGUAGCAAGAAAAACCUAGAUUGGUAUGUGCUUACGUUAUGCCAUGACCAAAAAGUGUUCAACUAUGAAAUCAAAACAAAGAAUUACAGAGAUCGGCACAUGUUCUUUAUAGAUGAUGGACCAUUUUAUAAAAGUUUAGAACAUCUUAUACAGUACUAUAGUUACCAUGCCAACGGUCUGCCAUGUGCCUUAACAGUAUCCGUAAAUACAACUAGAGAACUGGUACAAAUAUCAAAAGACGAUGAAUACUUCAACUUGGUAGACACUUCAAACAGAUACCCAACAAACGUAUCACCAGCAUUGCCACCACGACCCGAGUCUUUAGACAUGACGUACACGGAAAGUGCCUCGGGCCCUGUGUCAAACAACGCCCAUCAACAUGCCCCACCAAUGCCCCCGUCUCCAACACCACCCAUGUCUAGUCCUCCGCCACCACCAAACCAUCCACCACCUAUCAGCAAACAGCAAAGUAUUACAAAACAACCGGAGGUUUCAUUACGACAGAUUGAAAGAAAACUCCUCUCAUUAGGUAAAGAGAUAGGGCAAGGUGAGUUCGGGUCUGUAGUGAAAGGUGUUUACAAGAAGAAAGGGACGGGAAGGGGGAAGACAGAGAAAACAGACGUAGCUAUAAAAUUGUUCCAUAAAACAGCCAUCAAUAACCAGGAGGAUUUUCUGAAGGAGGCUAGGACCAUGCAACAAUUAGAACACCCUUGUAUUGUCAACUUUAUUGGCAUCGCAGAAUCAGAAAACCAUGAACUUAUGCUGGUAGAGGAAUAUAUAUCAAUGGGGUCCAUGCUUGAUUAUCUGAUAGACCAUCGAGACAAUAUACGGAAGGUUGACCUAUAUUUGUGGGCAGCCCAGAUCGCCCUCGGUAUGAUGUAUCUAGAGAAGAUGAAGAUGGUACACCGAGAUUUGGCCGCGCGUAAUAUAUUACUGCAGAGUAAAGAAAAGGCAAAGAUAAGUGAUUUUGGUUUAUCAAGAGCUGUAGGAUCAAACAGUGAUUACUACAAGGCUACUACAGGGGGAAGAUGGCCAAUUAAAUGGUAUGCCCCAGAAUGUGUGAACUACGGUCAUUUCUCACAUGCUAGUGAUGUAUGGAGUUUUGGCGUGACAUUGUGGGAGAUGUUUUCUUAUGGAGAACCACCAUAUGGUGAUAUGAAAGGAAUUGAGGUGAUAAAAUAUAUUGAAGAGGGAAAACGUCUAGAACAACCGGACAAGUGCCCCAAAGUUGCGUACGCACAGAUGUUAAAGUGUUGGAACAAAGAGCCGCGGGAGAGGCCGACAUUUCAAGCAUUAAACGCACAUUUUGAGGGCGAAAAUGAAUAUUCCUGCACCAGAGAUAUUAUGAGGACACUAAGAAAUUAAAAUCGUUAAACAAAAAAGGAUGAAAAUAACUGAAAUAUUAGAUAUAUUUCUUUGUUUAUUGUACAUUGUUGUUUUUUAAAUAACUGAGGAACUGUUUGCCAAAUAUAAUAUAUAUAUUUUGUUGUUUACUUCUCUAACAACUGAACAAUGAUAUUGAUAAACACUUAUCCUUAGGAGAAGGGGAAAAAUAACACAUAAAUGGUGGUAUAUGUCUGUUUGUUGGACAUUUAUUUCAUAUUUAUUUUUUAGAAUCAGGCACCAUGCUCUAAAGGUUAAGGAUUUGUAAUUUCCUCUUUGGUUAAUGUUUAUUGGCUGAACAUCUAUGUGAAGGUGAUCUUAAAUUGACAUUAGAUGAUCUUUUCAAGAUUUGAUCCUGAAAUUUUCUUUGUGAACACAUUUGCAAGGAUUUAUAAUUUCCCUGAGAUAAAUCGCCAAAAAUAGAAAUUGUUUAUAGACCUCUAUUAGUCCAAAAUUUAACAUAGAGGAGAAAGGUGUUUUUAUUGUAAAUGAAAAAAGUAAUAUAUUGUUAUGUUAUGUAUAAGAUUAGACUUAUUGUUAUAUAAAGAAAUGAUUUUAGUUGUGAUGUGAAAAAACAACAACAAAUUUGUCAGAUUUUUAUUCAAAUGAAUUGCGGGAAGGGAGUGUUUUGUUGUCAUACAUCUUUUCUUUUAAAUGAAAUUUUGAGAUAACAUUUAAGAAUUAAGACCUGUUGUCAGUCAGACAAAUAUUGAAGUAUUUGAAUAUUGUACUGGAAGAUAUGUAUAUAACAGAUUUUUCUAAUUAUCUAUAUGUAAUUGUUAUUGUAGAGUAUAAGCUUUGCUUCGUAUUAAAUAUUUACCUUUUUAAGUUUGAAUGGGAUUCAUACAAGAUUAUUCGUCUACCAAUUUACUAGAUACGACGUAGAUGUCGACUUAGAUGGUAAAAGUUGACCUAGAAAAUCAAUUUUGACUUUGGAAAUAAAAGUUAACCUAGAAAAUCACUUUUGACCUAGAAAAUCAAAGUUGACCUAGAA